CAGAGCAUGAAGCUCAAGUGUAAUCAAAUAAAAUAAUAAUACCAAAUAAAAUGUAAAAUAAAAUAAUAAUAAAAAUACUAAUAAAUGUAACUAUAAUAAAUGUAAUUUGUAGCUGUUUAAAUGAGGAGGUAUUACGUCUAGCGACUACUACCUGGAAUAAUAAAAUGUAAUUUGUACAUCUUACUGCCGAAUAUUGUGAACAAUCAAAUUCGCGCUGAAAUGUAUAAAGGCACCGAUCCCACUGUCGAAACACAAUUUAACAAACUCUAUGUGUAUCCGAUGGGUAAUGUCAGUAUACUUUUUGCCGAUAUCAAGGGUUUCACUGAGUUGGCAAGUAAAACAUCCGCCCAACAACUGGUCAAAAUUUUGAAUGAUCUAUUUGCUCGUUUCGAUCGCAUCGCCGAGGACAACCACUGUUUGCGUGUGAAACUUUUGGGCGAUUGCUAUUAUUGCGUGUCACAGUUUGAAAGCGACAAUUGAAAGACCCGACCGGAUCAUGCGGUAUGUAGUGUGGAGACUGGCUUGCACAUGAUAAAGGCCAUCAAGGAUGUACAGCUGCACACGCAUAUGCAGUACAAGACAAUUUUUUAUGAAUCUAUAACGAUCUGUAUAGAUAAUACAUGCGUGUAAAAUGAGAAAAAUGUUGAGAAAAGAUGAAAACACCAUUUAACGCGGGGUUUGAGUACCAUCAAAAGGCAUAUCAUAA